AAGUUCAUUUCAGAGAAAACAAAACUUAUAGAUCUCUCUCUCUCUCUCUGUGUGUGAGUUCAAGAAAAUGGCAGAAACCAGUGAUCAGGAUCAGUUCAGCUGUCCAGUGUGUCUGGAUCUCCUGAGGGUUCCAGUGACUCUCCAUUGUGGUCACAGUUUCUGUAAGGUGUGUAUUAAUGGCUGCUGGGAUCAGGAGGACGUAAAGGGAGUCUACAGCUGUCCUCAGUGUAGAGAGACUUUCACUCCAAGGCCUGUUCUACGUAGGAACAACAUGCUGGCUGAAGUGGUGGAGAAACUGAAGAAGACUGAACUCCAAGCUGCUUCUCCUGCUCACUGUUACGCUGGACCUGGAGAUGUGGAGUGUGAUUCCUGCACAGGGAGAAAACACAAAGCCGUCAAGUCCUGUCUGGUUUGUCUGGCCUCCUUUUGUGAAGAUCAUCUUAAACCUCACUAUCAGUCUCCUGCCUUUAAGAAGCACAAGUUAGUUGAAGCCUGUGCAGAGCUCCAAGAGAAGAUCUGCUCUGAACAUGACAAACUGAUGGAGAUCUACUGUCGUACUGACAAAAGCCUCAUCUGUUACUUGUGUACGAUAAAAAAACACAAAGGUCAUGAUACAGUUUCAACUGAAACAGAAAGAACUAAAAAACAGAAUGAGUUAAAGGAGGAUCAGAUAAAAUCCCAGCAGAAGAUCCAGGAGAAGCAGAAGAAGGUGCAGGAGCUGAAACAGACUGUGGACAUUAUUAAGAUGCGUUCACAGGCAGCAGUAGAUGACAGUGAGAAGAUCUUUACUGAGAUGAUCACCUCCAUGGAGAAAAAGCGCUCGGAGGUGACGGAGCUGAUCAGAACUCAGGAGAAAGCUGAAGUGAGUCGAGCUAAACGACUCCUGAAUCAACUGGAGCAGGAGAUUGCUGAUCUUAAGAGGAGAGUCACUGAGAUGGAGCAGCUUUCACACACACAUGAUGACAUCCACUUCCUCCAGAGUUUCCCGUCUCUCUGUGUUUCUCCUGGAUGUGACGACUCACUCAGCUUCACUGUCAAUCAACAUCUCUCAUUUGAUGGAGUGAGGAAAUCUCUCUCAGAACUGAAAAAACGAGUCGAGCAAAUCUGUGAGGAAGAAUUCAACAAAAUACAACCACAUGUGCAGAUGAGGACACGUUCGUUCUGCACUCGGUGGAACUGGAGCUGGAGGCCGUGGGGAAGCAGAUCCGUGACCUACAGGCCCAGGGCACCCAGGAAGUGGCCUGCCCAGGCGCUGUUCACUCCGGCGCCAGGGUACCGUGUACCCUGGGUGCAGCAGCGGAAGACGCGAGCCGGCCCCCGGGCAAGGACCUCUCCCCCUCCGCCGCCACCGGGCUUCGAGAUCCCCACCCAGAACCUCUUCGCUCCCCUUCGCGAGACGGACCGUGACGCUGUGAUCAUCGGAGACUCCAUCGUCCGCCACGUCCGUACUACGGUGGCUAAAGGUAAGGCUCACACUCACUGUUUACCUGGUGCUCAUGUUCUUGAUGUCACUGCACAGGUACCUAAUGUCGUGAGCAGAAACACCGGAGCAGUGGUUCUUCACGCCAGCUCAAACGACACCAGCCUGAAGCAGUCGGAGAUCCUGAAGAGGGACUUCAACACCCUGGUGGAGACGGUUCACAGCUCAGCGCCCAUGGCGGGGAUCAGCGUGUCUGGUCCUCUUCCUAUGUACCAGCGAGGAAUGGAAAGCGUCCUAGGCUGUUCCGUGCUGACAGCCUGCACCUCAGCAGAGUUGGAGCGGAGAUCCUCUCGGACCACAUCUCCAGGGCGCUGCACACCUUCUGACUGGUAAACUAUGAUUUAAAUCUAAAUUUCAAUAGCCAUCCUUCACAUCAUCACAGUGAUACAAAUGCACACAUAGCUCAUCCUAUAGAAACUGUGUCUGUUCCCCGAGUAGUGAGAUCAAAAAGUAAAUGCAUGAGAAAAUCUCAAAACAAUCUUACUCUAAUUAGACCAGAAAAAUGGCAAAGAAACAAAAACAGUUCCUAAAGCUUGGGCUCCUGAAUAUUAGAUCACUUACACCCAAAGCACUUAUUGUAAAUGAAAUCAUCUCAGACAAUAGCCUUACUGCACUCUGCCUUUCUGAAACUUGGAUUAAAAAAAAUGAAUACAUCAGUCUAAAUGAGUCUACACCAUCAGGAUAUAUCUAUAAGCAUGAGCCUCGUCAGACUGGUCGUGGCUGUGGUGUUGCCACUAUCUUUAGUGAUUUCCUUACUGUUACUCAGAGAACACAGCAUAGAUUUAGUUUUUUUGAAGUGCUUAUUCUUAAUGCUGCACUCUUGCACAUGCACACGAAAAAAAUCCAUGAUGUCUUUUGCUAUAGCAACCGUGUACAGACCCCCAGGGCCCUACACUGAUUUUCUUACAGAGUUCGCAGAUUUUCUCUCGGACCUACUGGUUAACUUUGAAAAAGCAUUAAAUGUAGGAGACUUUAACAUUCACGUUGAUGAUACAAAUGAUGCUUUAGGAGUCACAUUUAUGGACCUACUCAACUCAUUUGGACUUAAACAAAACUUAAACAUCACUAGAGCUAAACACCACCUUAAUCACACACUAGAUUUAAUAAUAUCACACGGAAUAGAUGUCACUGAUAUAGAUAUUAUACCUCAAAGUGAUGACAUCACAGACCAUUACCUCAUAAUGUACACACUACCCAUAGAACAG